AUGCGGGAAAUCCUAGAGAGGACGAGAGCGGAAGAUCCGGUUAGGGGAAACUGGUAUGUGCCCAAGACGGAAUGCGGGACGGUUUGGUGUGAUGUUAGCAGUAUAGCGAUAGGGGUUGUGUUGGAGAUUGAAGGUGCUGAGGUGGAGGAUGCGGCCUGGCUACGGAAAGCGGACGACUUCAACCACAUCAAUGUCGCCGAACUAGACACGGUGCUGAAAGGGGUGAACUUGGCCCUGAGAUGGGGGCUGCGAUCGAUCGAGAUCCGGACGGAUUCGGCCACCGUGGUCGGCUGGGUAGGAACAGUGAUUACCAGAGAGAAGAGAGUCCGGACGAAAGGUGCCGCGGAGGUGUUGGUGAAACGCCGCCUAGGAGUUCUAGGAGAGCUGAUCGCCGAAUUCGGACUGAAGCUGAACGUGGUUUUCGUACCUUCGGAGAGAAACAGGGCGGACGCACUGACCAGGGUGAAAAGGGCGUGGCUGGAGGAACCGGAGGAAGCAAGGAAAGGGAUAGCAGCAGCGUGUCGGCUGGGUGACUCCGAACUGAAGGAGCUACAUGCUAUGCACCACUUGGGGGUGGAUAGGACCCUGUAUCUAGCGAAAAUGAUUGAUGCUGACGUCACUAGGAGAAACGUCAAGAAAGUGGUCGCGAAAUGUGACAGAUGCCAGUCCAUUGACCCCGCCCCGGGUGGGCAUGAGCAAGGGAACCUCUCAGUAGAGCGCAACUGGAGGAGACUAGCUGUGGAUGUGACGCACUACCGUCAGGGAAUGUAUCUCAGCAUGGUCAACUGA